UCUUAAAAAACACAGUAACAUCUCUAUAUAAACUCAAACCAAAACAAAACUUAAAAGAAAAGAGCAGCAAGCUUUAUGCUCUUUGGUUUCAGUUUUUCUUUUUCGGCAAUCAAUUUCUUUUUUGUUUGAUCGGAAUCUGAUCGUUUUGAUUGGGGCAAGUGCAGUUGGAGAUGAUAGAAUGCAGUGUUUGCCAUUCAAAAAUAGCAUCACCGAUUAGCAAAGCCAUUUCGAGGGCUUACGAUGGGCACCGUAGCCAUGUCUCCUCCAAAACCCGUAUCCUCAAUGUUCUUUUGGUCGGUGGUGACUGCGUUUUGGUCGGUUUUCAGCCUAUAUUGGUUUAUAUGUCAAAGGUGGAUGGUGGUUUCAAGUUUAGUCCCAUUAGCGUUAACUUUCUCACUGAGGUGACCAAAGUUAUUUUCGCCAUUAUUAUGCUCUUGUUCCAGGCUCGGCAUAAGAAAGUUGGGGAGAAAUCUCUUCUAUCAAUUUCUACAUUAGUGCAGGCUGCUCGAAGUAAUUUGCUUCUUGCCGUUCCAGCUCUACUUUAUGCUAUCAAUAAUUACCUAAAGUUUAUCAUGCAGCUUUAUUUCAAUCCUGCUACAGUGAAGAUGCUGAGUAACCUGAAGGUUUUGGUAAUAGCUAUCUUGUUAAAGAUGAUCAUGAAACGGCGGUUUUCUAUUAUUCAGUGGGAGGCUCUUGCUUUGUUGCUUAUUGGAAUUAGUGUAAACCAGUUGCAGUCUUUACCAGAGGGUAUGACUUCAUUUGGUCUUCCAGUUGCAACAGGCGCAUACUUGUACACACUAAUUUUUGUUAGUGUUCCAUCCUUGGCAUCAGUCUUUAACGAGUAUGCUUUGAAGAGCCAAUUUGAGACAAGCAUUUACCAUCAGAAUUUAUUUCUUUAUGGAUAUGGUGCCAUUUUCAAUUUCCUAGCCAUUCUUGGAACUGCAAUUUUUAAAGGUCCCAGUACCUUGGAUAUCAUGAGGGGACAUUCGAAGGCUACUGUGCUUUUAAUAUGCAACAAUGCAUCCCAAGGGAUCUUAUCAUCUUUCUUUUUCAAAUAUGCAGAUACAAUCUUGAAAAAAUACUCCUCAACCAUUGCUACAAUUUUUACUGUUUUUUUCAGCACUUUCGAAGGUUAAAGAUGAACAACAAAGUAGUAAUUUAGAAAUGGUGGAUAGCCAAGACAGCAAGAGGUGUGCCUUUCUCCUGUAUGCUAUUUUUGUGGACCUUGAGUAAACUGUUCUACGCUUGGAUAUGGAUCAUGGCAUUAAAUGGAUCUAUGAUUUUUUUUAUUCACUAGUGAAAAAUGACUGUCUUUUUCUAUUUCAUGAGCUUGAUCAUUAUGAAAAGGAGGGCUAAUAUGAACAAAUAAUGAAGGAUCUAAGAGGCCUUGGAAGAAUGAGAGCUCUUAAGAGUCAAGACUAGUCUCAAAGGGACUUUCUGAUGUGCAUACAUGACAUUUUCUGUCUUGUGUCUAGAUACAUAGUUUCCAUAUGUAAAACAACCACUGGGUCAACAAAAGUGUUAUCACCUAAAUGCGCCUUUUCCCCCCUUAAAUAGUUAUGUUUUUUACUUCUUUAUUUUCCUUUUUAUUGUUUUUUAUGUGAUUUUCCUUUUUUUUCCAAGUACAUGCAUCUUCUUAAUAGCUUGUGCAAUAGUUACCAGAAGAUGCCAAUACCUGGUUGACAGAAUUAGAAUUUGUUCAGAAUCCUUCUUUUUGGAUCCUAUUAUCCUUUCCUAUACUUGGAUUUUCGAUUUGUGAUAUAAACCAUUAAGGUAACUAAGACCAGCCGUGUCAUUGUGAUGAGGUGAACUAUAUGAUGCUUCAUUUGUCUUACUUUACCCUAUAUGUGGUAAACCUCUUUGAGUCAAUGAUCAUGUACUGACUAAAAACAAAGUUGUCAAAUUUGUUUCAAUAUAAUGCGUGCCUACUGUCUGAAUUAACAAAUAUUUAGUGCUUGGAGUAGAGCUAAGGUAUCAAGCAUAAAACUCUUGUUGGUAAGUUUCAUUCCUGCUUUACCAGGUCGUAUCAAGCUUUUACAUCUCAAGUUAAAAACUAUUUCCUGUGGUUCAACACAAUUAUCAGAGAACUUGUUCACAGAGUUGGUUGGAUUGUCAGUUAGGGAACAACUAUUUUGAAGUUUGCGAAUGACUAUGAUGAUUGAUAGACACUAUAUACUGCACUAUUUUCUUGAAAAAUCUCAGGCAGUUCAUUUUGUCGUUUCUAUUUGCAUUUUUUUAUGUGCAAUGAUUACUAGAAAAUAAUAAAAAAAAAAGGUUGUACAAGAGGUGCCUCCAGUUUAAGUUCAUUGCAUUCUUUUCUAGUGAAAGCAGGUCUGUUUUUUGUACUUAUCACCACCAAAACGUUUUGCGUUACCUUCACUUCUCCCAAUAUUAUAGUUGUUCUGUUCACUGCAAACUAAACUGCAAACUUGCCAAUAUCUUAUCAGGACUAAGGAUGCAUCCUUCCUAAAUAUGACCGCUGGAGCAAAUGAAGAUGUGAGAAGCUUUGAACAACUGUGGCUUAUUGAAAUAUACUGAAC